AUGGCUGCAUUGUCGGCAUGUGAUGUGGGAAAUGUCACUGUACGAGCAUCAGUGGAUCAAAGGCCAAAUGAAGGAAGAAGAGCCUUUCUAAAAUUGUUACUUGGAGGACUUGCCACACCUGCAUUAAUAGGCAAUGGAAAAGCUUUUGUUGAUGAGCAAGGUGUUUCUAACUCAAGGAUGUCUUAUUCGAGAUUAUUAGAGUAUCUGGAUAAGGAUAUGGUGAAAAAAGUGGACUUGUUUGAAAAUGGAACCAUAACGAUUGUUGAGGCUCUCUCUCCAGAGUUGGGUAACCGAGUGCAGAGAGUUCGUGUUCAACUCCCAGGACUCAGCCAGGAGCUCCUUCAGAAGUUCAGAGAAAAGAAUAUUGACUUUGCCGCCCACAAUGCUCAAGAGGACUCUGAUUCUCUUUUAUUCAACUUGAUUGGGAAUUUGACACUCCCUCUUAUCUUGAUUGGGGGUCUUUUCCUUCUCUCGAGACGGUCCUCUGAGGAAUGGGUGGCCCUGGUGGACGAGGUUUUCCACUUUGGUCAAUCAAAGGCUAAGUUCCAAAUGGAACCAAACACUGGUGUUACAUUUGAUGAUGUUGCCGGAGUGGAUGAAGCAAAGCAAGAUUUUAUGGAGGGAGUUCUUCUUGUUGGUCCUCCAGGUCCUGGAAAGACACUACUAGGCAAGGCAAUUGCUUGUGAAGCAGGCAUUCCAUUUUUCUCAAUUUCAGGUUCGGAGUUUGUUGAGAUGUUUGUAGGUGUUGGUGCCUCACGGGUCCGUGAUCUUUUCAGGAAGGCCAAGGAGAAUGCUCCCUGUAUUGUAUUUGUCAAUGAAAUUGAUGCUGUUGGGUGA